UGUCAAGCUGCAUCUUCAAGUAACGUUGAGGCUUUCUUAAAGUAAAAAUUAUGUGGAGGUUAAGUAGAAUCCGCUAUAAAGCUGGCCGAGCAGGCUUCAGCUUGGAAGAGUUCCGGUUAAAGAGGCGAGAGCACGAAAAAGGUUUUUUUGUUUUGGUGUUCUUUGACGACAUGUAACGAAGCAAUGUACUGUAAAAUCAGCGCUUCGUCGGGCCCGCCGAGACAGAGAACUGGUGAGCAAGAGACUCCUGCUGAAUGAAGAUGACGGGCAGCAAGAAACCAUCAUGGACACUUGUUCAGAUGAAAAGGAUGUUGUCAGUUUGUUACACAAAAUUCAACACAGUGGUCUAGAGAGGGAAGCCCAGCUUAAAACCUUGAGUAAAUCUCUCCGUGACCCGGCAUCUCAACUGGUCUUCAUCAAGCAAGAGAACAGUGUCCACAUGCUGAUCGGCCUCCUCACGGGCACCAACACUCUGUGUCGCCUGCAAUCUGUCCACUGUCUCCACGAGCUGUCUCACUCUCCUCACCCCAGCGUGGCCCCAGCCUGUCUGCCCGCCACACCCUACCUCCUCACCUAUCUAUCUGGACAAAGCACCAGGUUCACUGAGCUUUGCCUCUACACGCUUGGGAAUUUAUGCCCAGACAGUGAUGUCGUGAGAGAGAAACUUCUGGCUCAGGGAAUCAUACCAGCCCUUGCCAGCUGUAUAGAGAACCAGAGGCAUAACAUGGCAGUGGUGGAAGCCGUCGGCUUCACCCUUUCACAACUUCUCCAGACCAAAGAAGCAUCAGGGAAAAUAAUCCCGUUGGUUCUGGCCUCUAGUUUACCUUCAAACCUUUUAGCAGUCCUGACACCCAACCAGAAUUUUUCACUGGGGCCUGCCAUUGAGUGUGCUUGGUGUCUGCACUACCUCACAUGCAGCCAUGUAAUCGUUAAUAAAGAUGUGACUCUCCUCUGCUGCUGUCUUCUGCAAAGUGGUGAGGAUCUCCAAGCUCUGUUGGCUUGCGGGGCUCUGUUGCAGUGCAGUAUGUUGUUAGUGUCGCUGGGUGACACUGUUGUUCAAGGAAACAAAGAAGAAGGACUCGAACUGCUCAUCUGUCCUCUGCUAAGGUGCGUAGGGAACCUCCUGUCUUGCUACACGCCAGACGAGGUUAGUGCUUGUUUGAGUGACGAAGGGCUCGUAGCUGCUCUGUGUGCUCUGCUUCAGGCUUACGUCCAGAGUCGACCCGCUUUGGCCAGAGAGAGUGCCUGGGUCCUCAACAAUCUCACAGCUCGAUCCAGUUUAUUCUGUUCGGCCUUGAUGAGCCUCAACUUGGUCCCGAGUUUGAUCCACCUUCUGCCAUUCUGUCAAGGAAUCAACACAAUGAUCCUAAGAGUUUUAGCCAACGUGGCCCACAAGAAAAGGGAGUUCUGCAUCCAGCUGGCUGAGCUCGGAUUGCUGUCUUCACUCUCUGCCACACUUAAAAUGGCAGCGCAAGAGGUGGUCAUCCUGAGUCUGGACAUCCUUUUCAUGCUCUUAGCUAGUGAUUCUCAAGUGGUGGAGGACUUUGUGAAGCAAGGUGGCAAUUCACUUCUUGAAACCUUGCAUUACUGCAGCGAAGGAGAUGUAAGGCGAAGGGCAGCGUACCUCCUGGAGCACCAUCUUCUGUCCUCCUCAUCGUACUCUGGCAACUGCAUCCCACAUUCUUGACAGCAAGUCCGAUGUGCGCAAUGUCACAUUAAAUUCAAAUGCAUCAAAGACCCAUCUGAGAAAGGAAAAGUACUCAAAACAAUUUCACAUUUUUUUUGUUUUGAAACGUAAAGCACUGUUUUGUGAUAUAUUUGGACCUUUGAUCAAUAGUACUGUAGUUUAUAUUUAGCCCAAAUUUAGUAUUAGGGUUUAUUCUUUACAUAAUGCAUUCAUGCAAGACUAAUCUGUUUCAAUUAAGCAACAAAAUACAUCUGAGUAAGACGUCAUGCUUCAAAUGACGAUACUUACAUUUUACUUCACAUUUUUUCAUGAUUGGUUGUCUGUGUUGUUCAUAAAUGUAAUUAAAUGUAUUUUUAGCUACCUAUUGUGAAAUAAACCAGUUGCUAUGAGAGUAA